UUGAAAGUAUAGAUGGAGAAAUUAGGUCUUGUUUAACCAACUCAGAGACAUCUCAAUGAAGAAGAGAACGUUUUAUUGCCAUUUAUGUUAUAGACAUACAGUUUUCGCGAUUGGUCUAGACUAACACUGUGAGAGAGACAUGAACGACAUGAACUUGGUGGAAUUAUUACAGACAUAAGUUACUAGUGAGGCUAGGGAGAGCAGACAGAAGAAAAUAUCUGACAAAAUGGCUUCCGGGAAUAACAUAGAUGGUAUAGAAGUGGAAGAAACGUCAUUUAACAUGAAAUCUGACGAAAGUAAGGGAACGAAAGAAGGAAGUGGCGAUGAAGAUGAGAAGGGUAAGGCCUCAUCUAUUCCACCAAUUGAUACGGCAGCAGCAGCAGCAACAAAUGCAUCAAGCGGGCCCAAGACACCAACUGGCAUUUCACGCCACAAGUCAGAAAGAGAACGGAAGAUUGGACAUCGGCGUGUUGGUGUUGGUGGAGAAAUUACAUAUAAAAAGAUCCAAACAACCCAAAUCAUGGGUUCCAUCCAACUUGGUAUUCAGCAUGCAGUCGGGGGUCUGGCAUCGAAACCAGAAAGAGAUCUCCUUAUGCAAGAUUUCAUGACAGUAGAAACAACUAAUUUUCCAAGUGAUGGUUCCAGCCAUACACCUGCUCAUCAUUAUUCAGAAUUUAGGUUCAGAACAUAUGCCCCUAUAGCAUUCCGAUACUUCCGUGACCUAUUUGGUAUACAACCCGAUGACUUCUUGAUUUCAAUGUGUAGUGUACCUCUUAGAGAGCUGUCAAAUCCUGGUGCUAGUGGAAGUAUUUUUUACUUGACAGAGGACGAUGAGUUUAUUAUUAAAACUGUCCAGCAUAAAGAAGGUGAAUUUCUUCAGAAACUUUUGCCAGGUUAUUAUAUGAACCUGAAUCAGAAUCCGCGUACUCUGUUACCGAAGUUUUUUGGGCUGUAUUGCUAUCAGUGUAAUUCAAAGAAUGUUCGAAUGGUAGCAAUGAACAAUUUAUUGCCUUCGUCUGUGAAGCUACACCAAAAGUAUGACUUAAAGGGCUCUACAUAUAAACGCAAGGCUUCUAAAACUGAAAGGCAGAAGAGUUCUCCAACGUAUAAGGACCUUGAUUUCAUUGAUCACCAUCCAGAAGGUAUUGGGUUGGAAGCUGAUACGUAUGCUGCACUUAUCAAAACUAUUCAGAGGGACUGUCGGGUGCUGGAAAGCUUCAAGAUCAUGGACUAUAGCUUAUUAGUAGGAAUACACAAUUUAGAUCAAGCAGCCAGAGACAAAGCGGAACAGAAAACAAACCCACGGCUUGAAUCUGCGGAUAGUGAAGACCAAGAAAUUACAGCCGAAGAUAAGGAGAGAGAAAGAGGAUCAGCUGCUCUUAAUCGGUCACGGUCUAUAAAUAGACAGCGGUUAGUUGCACAUUCAACUGCCAUGGAGAGUAUUCAGGCUGAGAGUGAACCCAUAGAUGAAGAGGAGGAUGUUCCACCUGGUGGAAUCCCGGCACGGAAUUCCCGGGGUGAGCGGUUAUUGUUAUUUAUUGGCAUCAUCGACAUUCUUCAGAGUUACCGGCUAAAGAAGAAGCUAGAACAUACAUGGAAGGCCAUGAUUCAUGAUGGGGAUACAGUUUCUGUCCAUCGACCAGGAUUCUAUGCACAGAGAUUUCAGGAUUUCAUGGCAAAGACUGUAUUCAAGAAGAUUCCCUCACUGGAUUUGCCAGAAAUUAAAGGCAACCAUCGCAAGUUUCGCACCCUGGUCACCAGCUACAUAGCAUUGAAGCAUUCUCCAUCGAAACGUAAGAGCAUCUCUCGUCCCGUGCGUGGGGCACUGGAAACUGAAACAGGGGAUGGAACUGCUGUGCAGGUUACAUCCGGCACCACCUUGCAAGCCAGUAAACCUGGAAGCCCAACUGGGGUCAGCAUUGCCCCUCCUUGUGCCACAUCCACUCCUAACACAGUUCCUGCUUCUUCUGGUCCUGCAAAACCACCAUCUCCCCCAGUAGUUACAACUCCUGCCUCUCCACCUUCCUAUCCUGCAGUACUGAAAGACCGGCCACCAAGUUUUGGGAAAAAUAUACUCCCUCCUGGUGGAGUCCCAAGUGCUUCUGGCAAAAUUCCUCCCCCUGUACCUCCUCGGGGCUCUCCGUUGGGGAAAAGAGGAGAUGCUAGUGCUGCUGCACCCAGAGGUGGGUUUGUGAGCAGUCAUUCCCCUGUGCCCAGCUCUUCUACUCCACCCCCUGCAUUUGAAGAUGCUCUUCGGGGUGACCUCAUGGAAGCAGCAACCCCACUGAGACAUAGGUUAGGCCCUGGUCAUGUGACACAUCAUGUUGUGAGAACGUAUCGUGAAUCAGAAACUGUCAGCAUAUCAGACAUAAGAUUAGAGUCUCGACCAGAAAACAAGUCAUCUCUUAGUGUGGAAUCAAGUUCGUCCACCUCAGGUUUUGGUUCAGGAGCAACAGGAAUGGGACGUACCCUCACUUGGACGCCUCCUGCUUCUGUAGAAGGCUCUACUCCUACCUGGACAGAAGGCACACCAUCUUUCACAGAGUCAUCAAGCAGCGGUGACAUAGGUUGCCCAACGACCCCAAUUCGAAGUAUAAACCUGCGCAGAGGUAGUGAGGGUCCUAAAUCCACAUCAACGGAAGAAGUACUCAAUUCCCACAACUCUGAGAUGACUCAUCUUUGAAAAGUGGGAGAAGGAUGGACAAAUGCUACAACUCUGAAGAACAGUAAGCACUGAUGUUGUAAUCAGUGUUGGGUUUAUAUGACGAACUGAGGGAUGAUUUGUGAACCAACGUAAUGUAAUCAUGUGUGACAUCUCAAAGAUUUUUUUUUAACUCUGGCAUUUACAGUUUCUUGGUCCUGUGUAUGUUGUAACCAGUGCACGAUAAGUAAACAGAUCUAUGCCUUCUGAAUUCCAGAUCCUAACUGUGUGCACAAUGAUUGAUAAAUCUGUAUGUCCAGAUCUGAUUUUCAAAUUAGAAUGGACACCAGCAGUAUGGAGAGAGUAUAUUUUAAACUAAAAAUGCCAUAUCUUACUUGCCAUGAAAUGAUAUAAAGUAAGAAACUCCUAUUAAUUGUUAAUGUUUGAAAUCGUCUGUCUUGUUUUUCUGAGGUAUAUCAUUUGCCAACAAUGUCUUCAUCCAGGUGGAUCAGCCAUGACAAGAUAACAUGACUCAUGAUUUUCUCUAUAGCUUACUACAAUUAAAUGUUAUUCAUUUUGAAAUUAAACUCCUGUUGUGGGGUUUGUUACCGUGGAGACCUGAAAUAUAUCAUUAACAACGGUUAUGAUAGCAGCAGACAAUAUUCAUCACUGACAAGGCUUUCAUGUGAUGGUUACCUACAAGUUAUGUGCUUUUAUUAAUUUACUCUGGCCCUCUUUAAAAUAAAAAGGACAGCCUCCCCCCUCAGUCACAAAGUUUUGGUAUAAUUUUUUACUUCUCUUUACUUUGUGAAUAAAAGGAAAGUAUUCUAUGCAUAGAAGAGUAGUAAGUUGUUAUGGAGUGACAGGUUAUUUUCAUUUCUUACUAAUGUUUCUUUAAUUUUAUCUUGUCUUACCUAUAAACAAUGCAAUAUUAAUACACACAAUAAGAUUUUAGGUUAUGCAGUCCAGUAGAUGGGUGCCAUUAUUUAGGAGGAAUAUGCUGUGUUGGAUGUAGUUGGAGGCAGCAUGUUCAUCAGGAACAUACAUACAUCUGUGUUUCAAGAUAUUCAUAAGUGCAAUCUGCACUGAAUAUGAAACAUGUCACCUAGCUACCAGGCUACACGUGAUGAAGUAGUAGAUCAAAAUUCUCGUAUUAAUCUUCAUUAUGCUGUGUGUCAUUAUUGUGAUGGUGAUAUAUGCAUGGUCCAGCAGACCAAGCAUCAUUAUUCUCAAAGUUAAAUAUGAUUGCUGAACCUGUACAACUGGGAGAUAUGAAUUCUUUUAUUCCCACGUUAUAAAGUUUUGUGCCCAAAUUAAGGUAUGGUUGAUGACCCCGUAAUACUGGAAGAUUAGCAGUUCCUAUUGCUAGACAAUGGAAGUCAAUAGGGUUUCAUAGAUUUUGUUAUAGAAAAUUAUUUUGUGUUUAAUAUGCACUCUAAUAUUAUAUUUAAGCAUCCUGUUGCACUCUAUA